CGCGUUCGUGAAAGUCCACAGACGACUUUCAGGGUCGUCUGCUCCGCUCGUUCGGCCGAAGCCGGCUUCGUCUCGCGAAAAAGGAGCCACCAAAAGGGAUAUCCGAAGUACUCACUCGUCCGCUCGAAGGUGGCCAAAGAACCUCGAGGAGAAACUGCCACGACGGAUCGAACCGUCUCCGUCUCUCCUUCGAUCACCUUAGUUACACCACGUUAUCGUCGAAUCGAUGAGAUCGAGCCGCGACGCGUGUCUUCCUUUCUGUUGGUCUCGUUUUCCAGCUGGAACGUCGAAACGCGUCGUCGAGUUCCUUGACACCGCGAGCAAUGUCGCUCGGUUCUUGAAUCCAGCACUCGACACCGAGGCAGCUUCGUCGAUACGCGAUCGAAUAACUGUGACUUCCGUCGCUUCUCUCGAUUCUGUCUCGAUCUCGAACGAGAAGUUACGCGCGUGACAAACUGGAAUCGCGGACAGACCGAUCGAUCCGACCGACAAGCUGAAAAACAAGAAAGUUGAAAAGUGGACGGUGAAGGAAAGAGUGUCUGGAAGAAGAAGAUGUCUCGUCUUCGUGGUUCUGGAUCGUCGACGACGAAGGAAGGUACGAAGAUCAACUCGUACCACAAGGAUCAUUUUCGCGACGAGCAAGAGGACGAAGCGGUAAAAUCUUGUAAAAACGGGACGAAUCGUUAUCACUUUGGCAUGCAGCAAAGGGACGAGGAGAGAAACGCUCGCAACCACAGGGAACACUCGAACGAAGAUCCAGACUUGCUGUACAAAAAGAGCAAGCAACACUUCGGCGCCUGGGACAUCAAGGACAUCGUCCAGGACGAGAGUCAGAGAUCGAGGAAGCUGAACGACAGACCGGAGGAAUCUCGAUUAACGAACGGUCGUUCGAAGAACCACUUCUCCAAGCUGGAUCGUUACGAGGAUGAAGUUGUGUCGCGAGACGAUCGUGCCAGAACAGGAUCCAUCGAUCGUGAUCAGACUGGAUCGUACCGAUCGAGGAAGAAGGACGGUUGGGAUCAUUCAGACUCGAAAACUCCCAAGUAUUCUCGAUCGAGGAACGACGUUAAACUCGAUUCCCAGCGAAACGACGAGAGAGAUUUGCUUUUGAAAGAGAUCGAGAGUUUGACUGUGGACGGAAGAUCGCCGGAUCGAAGGAUCCGAGCGAUGAUCGAACGAUUCAAGUGUCGCGAAGAGGACAAAUUGAAAUCGAGGAUGGAUCACGAUUCUCUCAGUCCAGACAGAGAAGAUUAUCGACCGAAAACUGGUAUCCGGGACGAGGAUCGUAACAAAAUUAGAAUCCAGAAGGAGGAUCGAGAGGACGAUCGAAGAUCCACCAGAUCCAAGGCUCGAGAAACAGAGAAAUUCGAUCGCGAAGAGAACAGGAGUCGUUCCAUCGAUCGAAGAACAGAGAAAUUCAACGAUAACCCUAAAUUAUUCUCUGAUAAUUUAGAGAAAAAUCAUCAGAGACGAUCCAAAGAACCCGAGGAGGAUCAUCCUCGAGUCAGAGACAGUCCAAAACGAAGAAGCUACGUCUACGAUGGAAACCCGGAAGACUUCGAUGUGCGAAUACAACGAUACGAAAGAGCCGUAGUAGAACCCAGAAGAGAACUCGAAUCCUCCAGAAGAGUUUCGUUAAAAGAUUCCGAAGGUGAGUUAGGACGAAAGGAGUCGUUCAAGGAUCACGAUCGACAGGUGUCUAGGAAGAGUUCCUUCAAGUCUAACGAUUCGAAAAAGAGCCACUCCAGAGACAGAGAAUCGAAUUCGACUAGAAAAACAUCGUUCAAGGAUCAAGAAAACGAUCUGUACAGAAAGAACUCGUUCAAGGCUCAGGAUAACGAGAGGAAGUAUUUGGAGAAAAAUCCCGAACACGUUUCGAGGAAGAGUUCGUUCAAAGAUCAGCUCCAGGAUACGGGAAGGAAGAAUUCGUCGAAGGAUUCGGAUUACGGUAGGAUCUCCUCGAAGAACCGAAUCGACGAGGAUGAAAGGAAACGAUCGUUUAAAGGACACGCGGACGGUGUUAGUAGGAUCACCUUCAAAGAACACGACGCUGAAUCGGCCAGAUACCAGCCGUGCAAGGAGCAGGAUUCGGACAUCGGCAGAGUAAGUUUCAAGGAUCGUUCGAACGAGUUGUCUCGUAAGAACUCGUUGAAAGAGAAAACCGUCGAGUUUGCUGGAAUCUCUUACAAGGAUCACGAGGACGACGAGGACGGGGAGUCGAGCAAAGUGUCCUUUCGAAGACAUUCACCGAAUGGAAGAUACGUCGAAUUCGGUACGGUGUCUUAUCAAAAUCACGAGGACGAGUCGCCGGCCGGCAACGAGCGAGAUUGCGAUCUCGAGAGAGAUCCAGAGACGUCGAAAAGACGUUGCUCCCCGAGGAGCAAGAGCCACGAGAUGCUGGAGAAAAGACCGGGCAGACAUAGCAGACCGUUGACGCCACCGAAACGAGACGAUUCGAAGGAUCGAGAGGAAUUUAAUUCCAAGUGUUGGCACGAGAGUAAUCGUAUCUUCGCGAGCAAGUAUCUUCGAGAGAACAGCAAGUAUCGGGCGAAUCCUGAUGGUCGUUCGGAGAUCGAGCGAGAUCCUUCGCCGGAAGUGUACGAAGAGGAUGCUGAAAGGCGAGAACAACGAUGCACGAAAUUGGAACCGUACAAUUUCGGUGGCGAGGAUCGUCCUCGUGAUGUGGACACGCGAAACGGUGCGACGAUCAUCAGGAUUCGAUCGAGUCCUGACACCACCGUCGAGAGGAGACGUCGACGUCGUCCUGUGCAGGACUCGUACGCUGGACGACGAAGACGUUACGAGAUGGAGGAGGAGGAAGACACCGACGAAGAGGAGGAGGAUAGGCAGAGAUCGACACGAGCGGAUGAUUCGACGAUGGCGAGAGGUGUUUCUACACCCUCGAGGAGGGUCUGGAAUUAUCGCGAAGGGGGUGUCCUGAUCACGGAUGUAGAAGAGGGUCAGCCUUGUUUGCAGUGCGGGGAAACGUGUUCAGGAUUUUCGCCCCACACAUGGAGAAAGAAUUGCACGAGUUGCAAAUGUCCUCGAGAAGCACACGACGUAUGCCACGAAGAAUGGGUGUCGGUCAGGUCUCGUUUAGGCCUGAAAGGCGAAGAAUCCUCGUCCCCGUCUGUUUUCGAUCCGAGAGCAAAGGGCCUCGCGUGGGCCCCACCUGGUCUCCCAGCUCACAAGGUCGACGAAUACUUUUCCAUGCUGCCAGAGAUUUCGGUGCCCAGGCUAGGGACACCGGGUGAACGAUACAGGGACCGACAAUUGGCGAUUCAGUUGCCUAAGCAGGACUUGGCCAGAGCCUAUUGUCGCCACUUGAACCCGAAACACGCCAGCAGUGCUGACGAUUUCAUGGCAGCGAGAAACGAAAUCGCGUUGGACAUUGGAAGUGUCCAGGAAGUGCUCGAGAGAGACGUCGAUUGCGGUGCAUGCCAUACGCCCAUAAAAUACGGCAGUCUUGCCGUAUCAGCGAGCAAACUGGGCCUUCUUUAUCACCCGACGUGUUUCCGGUGCUCAGAGUGCAAGGAACUCUUGGUAGACCUUGCUUACUGCGUGCACGACGACACCCUGUUUUGCGAGAGGCAUUACGCUGAACAAUUGAAACCUAGGUGUGCAGCUUGCGACGAAUUGAUUUUCAGUGGCGAGUACACGAAGGCGAUGAACAAGGACUGGCACAGCGGCCACUUCUGUUGCUGGCAGUGCGACGAGUCUUUGACCGGGCAACGCUACGUGCUCAGGGACGAGCAUCCUUACUGCAUCAAGUGCUACGAGAACGUGUUCGCGAAUGGCUGCGAGGAGUGCAACAAAAUCAUCGGUAUCGACUCGAAGGAUUUGUCGUACAAGGAUAAGCAUUGGCACGAGGCCUGCUUCCUCUGCAACAGGUGCAGAGUGUCCUUGGUGGACAAACAGUUCGGUAGCAAGGUGGACAAGAUCUACUGCGGCAACUGCUACGACGCCCAAUUCGCCAGCCGUUGCGAUGGGUGCGGCGAGAUCUUCCGUGCCGGUACCAAGAAGAUGGAGUACAAGACCAGGCAGUGGCACGAGAAAUGCUUCUGCUGCGUUGUCUGCAAGAACCCGAUCGGAACGAAGAGCUUCAUCCCGCGCGAGCAGGAAAUCUACUGUGCCGGAUGUUACGAGGACAAGUUUGCCACCCGAUGCGUCAAGUGCAACAAGAUUAUUACUAGCGGUGGUGUGACAUACAAGAACGAACCGUGGCACAGAGAUUGCUUCACCUGCAGCAACUGCAACAAUUCCCUGGCUGGCCAGCGAUUCACGUCUCGCGACGACAAGCCUUAUUGUGCUGACUGCUUUGGAGAACUGUUCGCCAAGAGAUGCACCGCCUGCUCCAAACCAAUUACUGGUAUCGGUGGCACUCGUUUCAUCUCUUUCGAGGACAGACAUUGGCAUAACGACUGCUUCAUCUGCGCGGGUUGCAAGACCUCGUUGGUCGGACAUGGUUUCAUCACCGACGGCGAAGACAUUAUCUGCCCCGAUUGCGCGAAAAUGAAGCUGAUGUAAGGAGCUGAGAGAUGGACAGAGAUCGAUCGAGCGAAGAGGAACGAGCGUGAAGAAAGGGGAAGGAUAUAGAAUACCCUCUUUGCUAGGAUUGUUCUCGAAACCGAGAGCAAUCAAAGGACUCCGCUUCGAGAAACUAUAGAAAUGAAAAAAAAAAAAACGAUUGUAUCGAUUUGAAUCUAAAUAAUAUGAAGAUAAAAAUUACCGUGUUUCUCUUUCAUUAUAUUCUCGAUAAAUAUACAGUUUGUUAAGGAUGGUGUCUCGUACACUGGAAGCUUAUUUAGCAUUGUAUAAUUUCAACACGAUAAUAAAUUAAAUAAUAAAUAAUGGACGAAACGCUUCUACUUAAAAUCUAAAAACGAAUCAGAAACUUUCUAAUUCGACUAGAACCUGCCAUGUGAUUCCCUUUGUGAAAAUUGAUAAUAAAAAUAAAACAAAGAGAAAUAAAGUGAACUAUUUAUAUACGAACAUUCAUACGGUAGGUCCUAGUGUGUUUUUAGUAAAUAAACUAAUGCAUCGUUUGCAUAGAAAUUAUACGCUGUUAAAUAACUUUCAACGAAGUUCUGUAUAGGUGUAUAGUCCGGAAACACGGUAAUUUUGUUGAAAACAUGGAAGAUCCUGCUCGACGAUCUCUUCGCAAACAACAGCGCUCUAUUCACCGAGCUUUCUCGAAGCAGGGAACGCGAGCAGACACGGGGUAUUUUCUAGCUUCGUAGUGUUUAGAGGACGUAGUCAUUUUUCUCGUUUCGAUGUUUCUGUUAACGUUGAAAGAAAGAAAUAAUCGUUAAACGGAGACGAAACGGGAAGAACACGCCUUCAUCGAGAAUCAAAUCGCCUUAAUUUGUAAUUAACCGUCGUCGGGCUGUUACACCGUGUUAAUUAGAAGAGACGAAGCUACGUACUGUCGUUAUUGUUUUUUUUUUU